AAGAAUUACUUCCAGGGCACAUCAACUCGUUUCCUCAUCACCCUAACCGACUCUCACUUCCCAGCCCCUCCACAGGCUGCCAACGCUCCCACCGCCGAGCCCACAGGGUGAACGUGUUUGUGCACAGCGACAGACUUCUUCUGUGAGGAUCCUAUAAAGCAAACAGAAACUGGACAAGAAUAGAUGAUAGAGAAACAGAAGGUCUGAAGAUGGAUGAGCCCUGUAGACCAUGCAGGAAAAGCCCUCACAUGCACAGCAGCAGCCACCACUCCCUUGCAUGUUUCUGGCUACCACACACCUAAUCAGUCCUGAUUAGAUGCACUGUGAGGGACGAGGAAGCCAGAAGGUUCCUUUGAGAAGUUCUGAUGACAGGACAGAAGAAAGCAAUGGGCUCCCUUAAAUAAAGUCUUCAUCAGGCUCUGGGAAGAAACAUGUGGCUCUGUUUAUGGCAGGGUAUACCACUGUUCUGCUCUCCAACUGAUCUUGCAGUGUCAUCUUGAUUUACCUCCUUCCUUUAGCACGCUUUACUUCACAGCUAUUACUUUAACACCGUCAGCUUCAUAUAGACGCACGCUCAAGCUCCUCUAUGGGCGGUUUACAUUAGUGGAGAUGGGCGAUAAACAGCUCAGGAGGGAUGGCGGGGAACCACCAGGACAUCAUUGUCCCGUCCAGCUACACAGACAUGGCAGAGCAUGAUUUUCUCACCCAGUCUUGUUUGAGGUCGCUUUGGAAACCAGGCUGACCACUUCCUAGGAUCUCUGGCCUUUGCAAAGAUGUUGAACCGAACCCUGGCAGUCCCUCCCUGGAUAGUGUACCGCCAUCACACACACCCCUACACCAAUGUCCAUGUUCCCUACAGCGAGUUCUUCAUGCUGGAGGCCUUGUCUGCCUACCACCGUGUGGUCAGCUUGGAGGACUUCAUGGAGAAGCUAGCCCCCAAAUACUGGCCUUCAGGGCAGAGGAAUGCCUACUGCUUUGAGACGGCGGCCCAUCGGAGUAAGGACAAGAAGUCCUGCCCCAUGAAGGAUGGGAACCCAUUUGGGCCAUUCUGGGACUAUGCCGGUGUGGACUUUGACAAGUCUGUCUUAUUUGGUGGGAUUUCCUUCAGUGCCUAUCACCAACCUCAGUGGAUGAAGAAGUUUCCUCCCUCUGAGCACCCUGUCCUGGCCAUGCCUGGGGCUCCAGCUCAGUUUCCAGUGAUAGAAGAGCAUGUGGGCCUGCAGCGCUAUAUGGUUUGGUCAGACAAGAUGGUGAAGGAGGGCGAAGAGCACAUUGCCACCUUGCUGACCAGGCCAUACGUUGGCAUCCACCUGAGGAUUGGCAUUGACUGGCAAAAUGCCUGCAAACUGCUGAAGAAUGGCGAUGCAGGACCUCAUUUCAUGGCCUCCCCUCAGUGCGUCGGCUAUAACCGUCAAAAAGCCCUGCCCCUCACUAUGACCAUGUGUCUCCCUGACCUAAAUGAGAUCCGUAGGGCUGUCAAGCUGUGGGUAAAGAAGACCAACGCCCGCUCUGUCUACAUCGCCACAGACUCUGAAUCCCACAGUCAGGACAUUGAAAAGCUCUUCAAAGGCAAGGUGAAAGUGGUGAGUCUUCAGCCAGACUUUGCCCAAAUGGACUUGUACAUCUUAGGCCAGUCUGACCACUUCAUUGGCAACUGCGUUUCCUCCUUCUCUGCCUUUGUGAAGAGAGAGCGGGACGUCCGCAGCCUUCCCUCCUCCUUCUUUGGUAUGGACAAGCCGGGGAAAUCAAAUGCCAAAGAAGAGCUCUGAGUGUCAGGUGUUCGUACUCUGAACACUAAUUCUGAUUACAUGUCAUGAGGAGGCGAGAGAGUGUUUAAAUGUCACACAAUGGUUCACAAUGUGUCAAGUAAGAUUUUAAGUUAAGCAUACUUUCAGAAUGGUUUAUGUGUGUUAAAACAUGGAGAGUGCUGCUAUCAGGAAACACUAUUUAAAUAAACACUAUUAUGAUGCAAAUACAGUUUUUUAGGGAGUAAAAAAAACUGUUAUAUUAGCAGAUGUUUUUAACAGUGUUCAUCAGUCAGCCACACGUUCACUCUGAGCUGUUUGUGGUACACAGUGGAACCUACAUACAAUGAGGAGGCAUAAAUGUAUACUGUAAGGACCGUCUGAAAUACCAGUUUUUAGGCUCUGCAUCUAUGGGAUAAUCAACAGAAUGUUCAGGGUUUCAGCCGACAGGGAGAGGGUUGGCAGCUGAACAUGGCAUAAAGUUAUAAGCAGAACCCCCUCCCCAUUUUUACAUUCAGUCAGAAAAAAGUUAUUAGACAGCAAGCAUCAAGUGUUCUAAUGCCUUUGUUCCCUCUAAUGUUUGUGCAUCAGCCUGUUUUAGUUCCCCAUAUUGAAGCCAGUUUUCCUUUCCUGAGGAAAACACGCCACUUCCCUAACAUUUCCUUUAGGUACUGCCUUCAACAAACUGUAAAAGAGUGAAUGCACACUCAGCAGUGACGCUCUGCUGCUCUUUCCUUUCCUUCCUCUCUGCCCUCCAUAACAAGGAGAUCACAGUAACUGAGCCUGCUGUAUAUACCAGUUCGAGGGAGGGGAAGAGGAGACAUUACUUCUCAGUUUACCAGGACCAAAAUCUAUAUGUGAACGCCUGCACUGAAAGUUGUAAUUUUGUUGAUGUUUAAGGGAAUUUAGAUGUGCAUACAUGUGAGGAUGUCUGUUAAGUUGGUAAACACAGUGAUUUUGAA